GUUUCUCGUACUUCCGUAUGGGCCCCGCAGUCUUGGAGAGACCCUGCUUUUCCGUCAAGCUUCAGAGUAUCGAACCAGCUAUCCGGUCCUCGGCUUGACAUCAUGCCUCCAAUUCCUGGGUUCAUCAAGUGCCAAGUUUGGUAUCUUCAUACCAAGCUCGUGCUCUGGCUCCUAGGCACGCACCGGAUAAGCAAAGCUGCAGAUGGAAUGGAACCCUAAACGACUCAGUCAAAUUGGCCAGCUCUUGGCCGAUCUUGGACGGAGUGAAAGUGAGGGGAACCUUGAACAAGGCGAACUUCACGAGAUCUUUUGAGCUUGGUGGUGUUCUAACUAGAAGGCAGGUUUUUGCAUAAAUAUGAACCUUGAGGAUGCCAUGAUGGAACGUUGUGCUCUUCAGCUUGCUCCAUGCCCUCCAAGUCGUUGAUACCAUCAACCAUCUAGCCGGAGAGCAGUCACGUAGAAAUAAUCAUGAGAAUCACCUCACUAGCAACCACGGCGCUCGCCAGCGCCGCCCUCUCAUUCGCAGCCAUCUCCCUCCCCAACGGCUGGUUCUCCAUCUCCCCCGACGAGAAGCUCAACCCCGGCAAACUCGACGGCGAACCCCGGUUUCUAACAUGGAUGGCCGACUCCCAGAUCAAGCACGGCGUAGAACCAACCUAUGCCUACACAAUCUCCGCCUUCUACUCGGGCGUCCUUGGCGCCUACGAAAGGACCGGCGACAAGAGGUACUACGACUACGUCAAGCACGCCACAGACAUCCUCCUCUACCCUGCCCAAGACGGCGAGAUCCUGCUCUACAAUAACAGCAACUCCAUCGACGACAUUCGCUUCGGCCACACGUUUCUCGACAUCUACAACGCCACCGGCGACGAAAUCUACAAGACUGCUGCGACCACCUUGCGCAAGCAGAUUGAUCGUACAGGCCGAUCCCCGGACGGCGGGUUCUACCACCGUUACCCCGUCUACAUAGACCAGAUGUGGCUCGACGGAAUUUACAUGCUCGACGUCUUCUACGCCCGCUGGACCGCCGAGUUCGAGCCGGAUAACACCACCGCCUGGGACGAUAUCGCGCUGCAGUUCGACCUCGUCACCGCGGGUACGAUCCUCGGCAACGCGACAAACGGCCUGCCGCUGCACGGCUUCGAUUGGAGUAAAAAGGCCAUCUGGGCUGACCCGGAAACGGGCGCCUCGCCUAAUGUUUGGGGUCGCGCUGUCGGGUGGUACGUCAUGGCUCUCGUCGACACCCUCGAGUUGUUUCCCCUGGACCAUCCGGGCCGCGAGCGGCUGGUUGGAUAUCUGCAGCACGUCUCGGACGCUGUUGUUGCUGCGCAGGAUGAGAAGACGAAGGGAUGGUGGCUUGUCAUGACGCCUGGGACCGAGGGCCAGUGGGGGAAUUAUAUCGAGAGCUCUGGGUCUGCCAUGUUUGUGUACGGCUUGCUCAAGAGUGUUCGUCUGGGCUACAUUGAGGGCGAAAAGUACCUCAAGUCUGCGCUUAGCGGGUACAAGUUGAUGACGGACACGUUUUCUGACACGCGCAAGAGCGAUAAUGCUCUCGUCUGGGGGUGGACUGUGCAGACUGGUAGUUUAAGCUCCAACGGCACGUUUGAGUACUAUGCCAGCAUGCCACUGUUUGAGAACGACCUCAAGGGUGUUGCUCCUUUCCUCUUUUCCAGCUACGAAUUUGAGUUGUACCUAGAACAGAAGAAGUAA